GUAAUGAGAGCCGGACCGCGACUGAAGCUCCGCCUCAUAAAAUCAUUUACGCUGUUUUACACUCAUUUACACGUUCGGAGUCGGUGUGAAGAGCGGUUUUCUGUCCUCAUAACUGAAUGUCAGCAGAUCUGCGGUUUCAUUCUCUGGUUUUCAGCGCUGUUCGCGGACUGUGUUUGAGGCCGGUGUGAGUUUCAAUGACGCCAUGAUGUUAUUUUUACCCGAUGAGCUCACAAGCGCCGAACUCACUCAAACUUCACCAGCGGCGAACUGACCAACUUUAACUAGCCUAACUACCCAUCCGCUCGUCUCUACUGGGGUCACCGCUCAUCUGGUCAUCUUUAUCCGUGGAUUUACUGUGAAAUGAGACGGACUGAAACUUUCAUGCAGGAGAUCUUCAUGAUGCAGCUCAGCAGUAAGGAGGUGGAUGAGGUCACGCUGCUGUCGCCUGUCUGUGGAGCCCCUGUGAUGGUGUGAAAAAAAAAAAAAACUCCCAUCAGCCACUGCACGCCAAACACACACAGACAGGCUGCGUGUAAGUGUGUUUUUCCUCUGGAGUUUCCUCUGGCUUUUUCUCAUACGUUUUCGUGCCGCUUGCCGAACGCCACCAGAAUGACAUCAUCAGCUGCUACAAUGGGGCCGUUGAUCUCCUGAGGGCCCGCCGGCAGCGUCACCGAGACAGAGAGACUGUUAGCGCAGAGACGGACUGAGGAAUUGUGGGAAUGUGUGAGCACACGGCGCGGCCCAUCGGGGCCGAGGGUCUGGUGGCUCUGCUGGAGGGCGGCCUGGACCGCGUGCUGCUGAUCGACAGCCGUCCCUUCGUGGAGUAUAACACGUGUCACAUCCUGGAGGCCGUGAAUGUCAACUGCUCCAAACUGAUGAAGAGGAGAUUACAGCAGGACAAGAUCCAGAUCAGUGAACUCCUGCAGCACUCGGCCAAGAGGAAGCUGGAGCUCCAGGGUCAAGAGGUCGUGGUGUAUGACCAGAGCUCAUCUGACCCCGCCUCCCUCUCAUCAGAGGCCUUCCUCGGCGUCCUAUUGGCCAAGCUGGAGAAGAGUUUCCCUUCAGUCCACCUGCUCUCAGGUGGUUUUGUGGCGUUCUCCCACCUGUUCCCGGGUCUGUGUGAAGGGAAGUCCACGCUGGUGCCGUCCUGCAUCUCUCAACCCUGUCUCCCCGUCAGCAGCAGUGGGCCAACGCGGAUUCUGCCGCACUUGUACCUGGGCUGCCAAAGAGACGUGCUCAACAAGGAGCUCAUGCAGCAGAACGACAUCGCUUACGUGCUGAACGCCAGCAACACCUGCCCCAAACCAGACUUCAUCCCCGACUCGCAUUUCCUGCGCGUGCCGGUCAACGACAGCUUCUGCGAGAAGAUCCUGCCCUGGCUGGACCGAUCCGUGGAGUUCAUAGAGAAAGCCAAGGCCAGUAACGCCAGAGUCUUGGUUCACUGUCUGGCGGGAAUUUCUCGCUCGGCCACCAUCGCCAUCGCCUACAUCAUGAAGAGGAUGGACAUGUCGUUAGAUGAAGCGUACAGGUUUGUGAAGGAGAAACGGCCGACCAUCUCGCCCAACUUCAACUUCCUGGGUCAGCUGCUGGACUUCGAGAAAAAACUGAAGAGCACAAGCGACGCGCCGCUCAAACCCCGACCACCGUCGGACGAGCAGAAGCCGGAGCCGCUGACGAUGCCCUGCGUUCUGGCCGGCGUCCCUGAGGAGCAUCUGCUGGCCCGGGCGCUCUGCGGCCUUCAGCUCGGCAAGGAACCGGAAGACAACGUCCGGCCCAAGCGCUCCUUCUCCCUGGACAUCAAGUCAUACGGCGAGUCCGGUGCGCCUCUGCGAGCGUUUCCCGUCAGCACUGACGGCAAGCCCUGCCAGUUCUCGCCGGUGCAGGAGGUUUCGGAGCAAAGUCCAGCUGAAGAUCACGCCAAUAAGACGCUCCAGCGCAGCGGCAGCGUGGACGGAGCUCCGGCGGGCGUCCCGUCGCGCUCGCAGCACCCGUCUAAAGCGGCGGCGGGCACGCUGAAGGGCUGGCACUCGGACAUCGUCCUAGGACCCGUGGCCGGAGGCUGGUUCCUCUCCUCAGAGUCGGCGCGCUUCUACUCCACCUCGGCCAUCUUCAGCGGCGGCGGUGGAGCUCAGUACGGCUGCUCUCAGGGUCUGGAGGCGGUGAGGAGACGCGGGCGGCAGCGCAGCGGGGACGGAGGAGACUCGCGCAGGAGCUGGCAUGAAGAGAGCAGCUUCGAGAAGCAGCUGAAGCGCAGGAGCUGCCAGAUGGACGGCAUGACGGACAGCCGAUCCAGAGAGGAGAUUGGCAAGAGGAGCAGCCAGUCCAGCUUCUCCGGCAGCAUGGAAAUCAUCGAGGUCUCCUGAGGACUCCACACACAGUCUUUUUGUUUCUUUGCUUUGUUCUCAUUCAGAUUUGAACUCGAUUCGGUGCUGCUCGGACACACAAAUGAAGGUGGAGAGACUCUCUGCACGCUAGACAUCCUGUACCUCACAAUAGAAAUUAAGGCAAGACACUACAGAUAAACCGGGCAAACCUUGAUAUGCACUGAUUACAUUAAGAAUUACAAACCAUUUUGUCCUGAAAUGUUGUUUAAAUACACAGAUGAGGCAUUACGUAAUUAAAUAGGCAUAUAAUUAAUUUUCUAAUUAAAUAUGCAUUAAUUUGCAUACAUUUCCAGCAUAAAUCCAAGUUUGUAAUUCUUGUUUUUGUUCCAGAGGGGAUUUUGGAUUUCUGUAUUCAUUUGAAAAUACUGUGAACAGACAGAAAACAAAUACAUUUUCACCAUGUUUUUAGUGUGAAAAAAAAAAAGAAAGAAAAAAAAACCCUCAGUAAAAGCUUUUAGAAUUUUGAAAGAUGCAUGGAAGAGAAAAACUCUUUAUAGAUUGGAAUUGAAAGCAACAGACGCAAAAAGAUAAAGUGCAAUAAAAAUAAACCCAAUGUGUAUUUUGGAUGUUUUCAGUCCACUAGUCUGAAAAAAGCAGCAAAUCAAAUCUGACUGGUGCAUGAAAACACACUGGUUUGCAUGUAGUGUCUUGCCUCAAGAGUGUCUUUUGUUGUAUUUCUGACAUGCAUGUGUUGAAUUAUGAUCUCAGGAAGCUGCGAAUCUGUUGGAGAUCUAGAAUCAAGCCCACACACACACGUAUCUGUGAUUCUCUCCAUUGUCAGGCUCAAAUGUGUGAUGAUGCUCGUUUCUAUCAGGGUUGAACAGACUGAGACGUGACACUUCUGUGUUUCUCAGCAGCAUCAUUCACACAGUCACAGGAUUCGAUUCGAUUCGCUGGUGCUGCAUCCAAACCCCCCCAAACCUCCAGCAGCUUCUUCACUCGAGACGUCAGACCCGAUGAGACACAGAUGAGAAACACUUCAUCAGAGCACCUUACAGCAAGAAACCCUUCAGUGCGUCUGCGUUUCUCUCUUCUGCAUUGGUGCUUUAGUGCGGAACAAAGGAUCCAGAACAGUUUUGAACAGUACUCGUACUGAUCUGUGAUUCUGUGCAGGUUUACCUUCUCGCCAGAGGUCAUGAACUUGUUCCUCAGAUCACCAGCAUUGAAUGGUCUGUUCCAGGAUCAGCUGUCGAUCACCGUAAAGACUCAUUCAGACCGUCCUCAUCGCGCUGAAACUUUCUUCCUCUGAUCUGCGUUUGAUGACCUUGAACAGAAGGACAGAAUCAGAGUUUCCUAAAGCUGUGAAAAUUGAGCUGAAGACAGAACGAAUCGGAAGCGGCGACUGAAUCACGAGUCUCUGAAUCGCAUUCGAUAUGCUUUUACGCAGACCUCAAAUCUACAG